CCGGAAAGGUUUCCCCAGAGGUGCGGAUGCAAAGAUGGCGGAAGAGGAGAACCAGUUUGAAGAAUUUGAUCAAAUAGACUUUUUAAGAGAUAGGCAUGUACGAUUCUUCCAGAGAACUCUCCAGGUGUUACCUGAGAGAUACGCCUCGCUGGAAACAACUAGGUUAACUAUUAUAUUUUUUGCCCUGUCUGGUCUCGACGUGCUGGAUGCCCUCGAUGUGAUUGAGAAGAACAUCAUGAUUGAAUGGAUCUACUCAUUACAGGUUCUGCCCACAGAGGAUCAAUCAAAUCUAAGUCGUUGUGGGUUUCGAGGAUCGUCUCACAUUGGAAUUCCUUACAGCACAAAGGGCCCUGGGGUGCUCCAUCCAUAUGACAGUGGCCACGUGGCUAUGACCUACACUGGGCUGUGCUCGCUGCUCAUACUGGGAGAUGACCUGAGUCGGGUUAACAAGCAGGCCUGUCUGGCUGGUCUCAAAGCACUGCAGCUGGAGGACGGCAGUUUCUACGCCGUUCCAGAAGGAAGUGAAAAUGAUAUCCGCUUCAUCUACUGUGCAGCCAGUAUCUGUUACAUGCUGGAUGACUGGUCAGGCAUAGACAUCCAAAAGGCCAUUGAAUACAUCAGAGGAAGUUUGUCCUACGACAAUGGUUUUGGCCAGGGAGCUGGGAGAGAGUCGCAUGGCGGCUGGACGUACUGUGCUAUAGCUUCUCUGUGCCUAAUGGGUCGACUGGAGGAGGCGCUGAGUCAGCGGGAGCUGGACAGGAUCCGGCGCUGGUGUAUUAUGAGGCAGCAGACUGGCUUCCAUGGACGCCCCAACAAACCCGUAGACACAUGCUACUCCUUCUGGGUGGGAGCGACGCUCGAGCUGUUAGACGUGUUCCAGUACACCAACUUUGAAAAGAACAGGAGUUUCAUCCUGUCCACGCAGGAUCGCCUGGUGGGCGGAUUUGCCAAGUGGCCUGACAGCCAUCCAGACGCUCUGCAUGCCUACCUAGGGCUGUGCGGACUGUCUCUGAUUGGGGAGCCCAGUCUGAGGAAGGUCCACCCAGCUCUCAACAUCACCCAAAGAGCCUUUCAGCACCUCCAGCAUCUGCAGCAGACGUGGAGGGGCAGCGCUGGCAGCUGCAGCAGACAGCACUGACAGCAGGACGCCUCUGAGCGGGUCCGGUACACAGCCGCCACUCAAAGGAAACUGGGACGACGCUUGGCCCACUCACCUGUGUGGCCUCCUGGUUCCGGACUUCUUUUAAGAUUCCAAUUGCGCACCAGUGACUUUGUGGAGCUAUAGUUCUGCUAAGCAAUACAUGCCACACAUUUUGCUGCCUUUACAUUACUAUUAAUAGACAGUGUUAAAUAUUAUGUAUUAUGGUUUGUGGGAAUAUGUCGAUGUGCCAGAAAGUCGAAUUUGAGUCAGAGGAAAAAUCCAGAUGCCUCAUUUUUGCCAACCCUUUAGAGCGUUUUUAUUUGUUGUGGACUUGUUGUCAGCGUCAUUGACUGCUGUAAAUCCUGCUAGCGAAGGAUGAACACUACUGACUCGCUGCACACACAUCACUGUCUGAGGUAUCACUAUUUUAAUGAUUUUGGAGGCCUUCAGGGCUUUUCAGUCGGCUGUUCCGAUUUUGGAAAGGAGGAAACUGUUUGGGCAACCACUUAUUAGAAGCAGACGUGAGCCUGACAUUCCUGCGUUGUUGGACAGAUGCUCUUUGGAGACACUGUGUUUCAGACUGGUACUGUGCUUUCUCCCUCCCCUCUUAUCAUCUCAGUCUUCACAUUUUGCUCCUGGACCACUUGAAAGCCUUAAGCUCUCUAGUCCCAAUGGUGAACGCCAGCCUGGAGUGUUUACUCUCCUGAGCUCCUCAGCUGCUCCGCAGCAUCCUAUAAUUUCACCACUGCAGGCUUUUUUCUGUGAUUUAUACGAUAAUAAGAGCGGCGGUGAAAUUCACAGCGAAGGCAGUAAAGAGCAAACAACUACCUUAAGGGCCAGAUCUUUGACUGCUGGUGGAAAAAUCAAUGCCUGCGAGAAGAGAUUAUAAAGUCAAUUCAUAUACAGGUCGUAUCUUGCUGGAAUAUUAUGGAGGGAAAAUCCUUAUUUCUCUCCGAGGAAGCAGCGUUUUAUUUGAGCAGCAGAUUCCACCAACACUUGACUCCUGAGCUCUAGACAGAUCAUACAGUCUGUGCUCCCUUUAAAACACCAGGCGGCCUGAAAUCAAUAGGAGCACGGUGAGACUGUGGUAUCGUAACUUGGGGAAAAUGCUUUCCGGCACUAUUGAGCUGUUAUUUUCAGAACAGAUGGGACGCCAGCAAAAACAAAAGAACAAUGCACAUGAGCAGAGUGAUUACUAUUAUUGUUACUGUAUGGUCACUUCCCUUUGACGCCUGAAGUGUCGGCUUCAACCCACAUUUGACAGAGUUUUGUAAUCCUAUACAUGGACUCUUUCAUUCUCAUUGCUGCUGAGUCUAUUGAUGGUCAGGCAACGUAUAGCUUUUAAAAUCUUAUCACGACACACACAUAAGCAGUGAAAUCUGAUUGUCUGAAGUCUGAUAUUCUCACCUUCUCUGAUUCCCAGCAAGCGGCUUCACACAUUCCUUCCCGCCACACCCUUUAAUUAAAGCGCAACAGUCAAAUCAAACACCUGCUCCCUGAAUUUACAAGAGACGGGGACAAUAACACAGCAGGUCAGAUCCGUCUGUAACACAUCACUUGGGAGAAUCCACUGUGUUUAACUGAAUAUAAAAAUAGUAUCUGGUUCUUUCCACCGACUUCGAAACCAGACCAGGCAGACAGAGGAAAGCAGAGAAGUGGAGGAGAAGCCAAUAAAUAAAUAAUCGGACACAUGUAUUAUUAAACGUGAACUGUCGGCAUCUGAGAUCUCCUCUCUGAACCCUGAACACCUCUGGCGCUGUGUGUUUUUGUUUUGAUGCACGUCCGUUGCAUCUGUCAACAAUUUUUUCUUAAAAUAUUUUGAGUUUUAUUGCCAAUUUACAAGCUCCACGAAAUCUUUCACACUGCGUAGAACUGUAUUUUGUGUCGCUGUGACGUGUCUGAAUGAUCUGGAGAUGAGUGGUCUCGACCAUCAUCACUGUGGAGAUCUUGGCAUUUCUCUCUUAUGUGUCUUCUGUCGUCCCUUUUGCUGUUUGCACCCUUCUUCAGCUCUUUCCCUGGUUUCCCCACACGGGGGCUUUCCUGCCAAUUUGAUCAACAUUUCAUUCUUAACCUGUUGGAGAGAGCGUCCGUGAUCAAUAAGCUGUAAUAAUAAUAAAACGUGGCUGUAGAUAGAUGAAGGUUGUCUAUAUGACCUUCCAACCGCUUUUAGCAGCCAGAGAAGAGUGGCUGACACUGUGUCACAUCAACCCACUCACUCAGACGUGAGUGUGGAACGUGCCUGACUUUUCGUUCUCUCUGGAUGUUCUGACUUCAGACUUCACUACAUGUGCAGCGUGUUCAAAUUGGCUGAAUACUGAAGCGAACAGGACGCAGGGAAGGUCCACACAGUCUAGUGCCUGCUCUGCACGCUGUCUGUUCUCAUCCCACUUAUCCGACCAGAGCAACACUGACGGGUAGGAGCAGCUUUCCUAGAAUCGCGUUGGAUCGAUGUUGUUCCCACAAGAUGGGGGGAAAAAUUCACUGUGGCGCGAUCCAUAAACGCUUACUCGAAUUAAACACGACGCCCGAAAGAGAAGAUGCUGAAGCUGCAACUCUCUGCCCACAAAGGCUGCACUCCAGCGUUUGUUGUAUAGCUGCUCGUUUGUGCCACGUCACGCUGCGGCCGAUGCUCUCCGUCACUGCUUGAACUGGGGGGGGCUUUAACAGCAGCUGCAGUGAAAGCUGUGAGACAGCUGCUCCAGCGACGCGAGAGUCUUUUUAAAAUGCAGCCAAAAUGACACACGUGGUCGAUCCCGAACCGCAUAUGUAACCAUACAUGAUGUACCUGUGAAUGGAAUGGAAUUUAUUUUUUCUAUGCUUUGUAGGAACAUUAAGUGUAGAUAAACAUGACAAACAAAUGUCUGUAAAUAUGUGACAUCUAUUGUGCAAGUGCUCAAGACGGAAAAAAAUGUUUACAGCCACAUCCCUGAGACAGAACCAGAUAUGCAAAUGUUUCUAUGUGACGUGUCGCAGCCCCUCGGCUGUGAGUGUGGGACAGUAAUGUUGAUUGUAGCUUGGCAGUGCUUAUAAUAUUUAUGGUAAAUAAUAAAAUGUACUAACUUUUA